AUGUGUAUUCAAAUCUUGAUUCUUUUUGUCAAAGUAAUAUGUGUAAUUGGAUAACUAGACAACAGCAUAAACUUUAUUUACUCUCACUAAUUUACUAGCUAACUGAAUCAAACUUAACCAUUAUGGACUCCAUUUCUGCUACAUCCUAUAACUUAAAAUAAUUUAGUUUUUGUAUCUACUAGUAAUUCAGUAAUUUCGAUUGUCAACUAACUUGGAUGUCAAAUACUUUUCUACGAAAAUGUAAGUGAUGAUUUAAUUUCAUGCUUUUAAGUUUCAUAAAAUGGCUAAUUACUUAUUAUAGGCUAUGAAAUGUCAUUCGUUCUUUAUGAAUUAGGAUUCAACUUAAAUUAAGUAAAUCAGAUAAACAUGUAGAAGUUUGAUAAAAAAUAAGAAAUUUAGUUUAUUUUAGGUAUUUAAAGAAUGGUGUUUGAUGAAAAAAAUGAUUUACUAUUAAUUGUUGGAACAAAAGGUCUUAUUAAUGCUUAUGAUUUAUCUAAUAAAAGUUAUGUUCGCUAAAUAGGGACUCAUACUAUUUAAAACGCUGAAAUUGAUGAUAUAUAUCUAUCAACAGAUGGCAAAUGGUUGUGUGUGUCAUCUGCAACUUUUGGAUUAAAAUUAUUCUAAGUUCAAAAAAAUCAAUUUAAUAAUAAUAGUUCAAUGAUAUUUAAUGAAGUAGGAUAUGGUAAAUAUGGAAAUUACACAAAGUAUUGCUAAAUCACUUCUGACUUAUACAUCUUUUGCUUUGAUAUUUAGUUAGGUUUACUUUUUGUUAACUUUUAAUCAAUUUUAUAAUCUAUCUAAAAUUAAUUUCCCAUUCAAAUUGCUUUUUAAUAAUACUGGCCAUUUUUUACUAAAAUUCCAUCAAUAACAUAAAUGAUAAUUAAUUAAAGUGAAUCACUAUUAUUCUUAGGUACUAGAUCAUAAGGAAUUUAUAUAUUUGACAUUUCAAAUAGACCAAAAUUUAUUCUAGUCUAACAAAUAAAAUCAAACUUUUUUGUGGGAUCUUUAAAACUAUCAAUCGAUGAAUAAUACUUAUAUUUUUCAGAUGGUUCAAGUCUUUUCACUUUUUAAAAAUAAUAAAAAAAUCUGAAUAAUAAUUUUCCAAAUUUGUUUAAUAUUCAUUAGGUAAAGUAUGAUGAAUUUAUGCCUGGCGCAUGGAAAUGGAGAUGCUAUAUUGAUUUCAAUAACUCUUAUUUUAUUGGAGCUUUCGAUGUCAAUGGCAUUUUUGUUUUCCCAUUUUAUUAAAAUCCAUAUAGAUUAAAUAUUUCUAAUUACUAAAUGUAUCCUAUUAUAUAGGAUUCUGUUUACUUAGAACCUUCUGGCAAAUAUAUGAUAGUACCCUAAUAAUUUACUCCUGACAUAAUAGGAGUUUAUUAAUACAACCCAAUUGAUGAUAGUCCUGAUUAAAGUGAUAUCUCUCUUAUGAAUAUGAAAUUAGUAAAAUCCUACCCUACUAAUUUAACUCAAUUAGGCGAGAUGAUAACCUUUAGCUAUGACAGAACAUUUGCUGUUUAAGCUCAUUCAACAGGACUCAUUCUCUACAACUCUACAGAUAUUUUUGAUAUGUAGGUUUACAUAGUUUGGUAGAAUCCUGAUUUUAUGAUAGGUUAAAACGAAGGUGCUUGCAUUACCAAAGACAAUUAAUGGGUGUUAAGUACUAUUAGGUUAUUUGGAGUUUAUUUACUAAAUGUACAAAAUAAAACAAAUCCUAUUCUUUCUGAUUAUUUAUUAAACUUAGGUGGAGAAAGUAUUUUUAUAUCUGAGAUGUAUUCCUAUGCUUAUUUAGUGGAUUUAACUAAAGGCUUUGCUAUUAUUGACAUAACAUAUUUUCCAAAAAUAAAAGUGAUAUCAAGGGUGCCUUUAGAAGGAUAUGUUAUUAUGGCUUUACCUCUAUAUAAUGAAGAAUAUAUUUUAAUUACUCAAGAAGAAAGAGGUAUGCUCACUCUAAUUGAUAUGAGAGAUAAGAAAAAUCCAUAUGUUUUGAAUACAAUAAUUUAUCAAUCCCAGACAAGUUAAGCUGUGUGCAUGCCAAAAAGCUAAGAUUAUAUAUUUCUAACAAUAUCUUCAGGAAUUUUAAUGAUGCCUUUAUUGAGUGAUAUUUAAAUACAUACAGAUGCAAUUCUAAUAACUUAUGAUCAUAAUCUGAAAGUAAGUAGCAUUCAACAAAUAAAUAAGGUUAAUUAUAAUUAGAACAAUGAUGGUGUUUAAAUAAUAAAUGAAUACAUUUUUUAGAUUGGUCAAACUAUUCAAUUUAAUUUUAAUAUAAUUUAUCCAGUCUCUUAAUAUAUGUAAAUACUUUAAGUGUAUUACUACUAUAAUAGCUAGAUUCUGAGCACUCCUAGUUUUUUUUCUUAUGAUGUUACUACUUAAAAGCUAACAUUUACUGUAGAUUAAUCUUUAUUAGGAAAUUCUUAAUAACUAAUAAAUUAAAAUAUAAUUUUAUUGUGGACAGUUAUUCCAUUAGAUAAGACUUCAUUUAUUUACAUCGCUGAAGAUUCUUAUGAUUUAGGUGUUACAAACACAACUUAAUCUGCUUAAAUCUAUCAGUACCUUUUAGAUCAAAAUAUAUUAAACGCAAAAGGAAUAGUUAAUAUUCAGUAUGACUUUAAUAAGAAUUUUCUGUUAGAAAGUGAAUUUUAAUCUAUAUUAAUAGAUCCUUCAACUAUGGAUAAUUUAUAAUACUAAUAAAUCAUAUCUUAGAUUACUUUAAAAAUUAAUAUAUCUUUGAAAAAAUCUUGCUACAUGAAUCCUAUUAGAUUUUAUGUGAUUCCAUCACUAACUUUUGAUGCUACUAAUUCAAAAAAAUUUAUUUCAACCAAUUAGCUGGGAAACAUUUAAAUUAUUUUACAAAUAGAUGAUUAAUUUGGAAAAUUUCUUUUACCAACUUAAACAAUUGUAGCUUUGUAUAUGUCAGCAAAGUAAGAUUAGCUAAAAAUAGAAGGUACCCUUAAUGAAGUUAAUAAAAUUUUAUAAUAAUAGAUAAUAUUUGCAAAUAAUACAAUAAUAACUAAUCAAAUUAGUCCUAAUAUUACAAUAACUAUAAUUGAUAAUAUUAACUAUGAACUAGUUUAAAUUUUACAUAUAGUUGAUUGUAAAUUUAUAAAACUAAAGGAGUAAUUAUAAGUUAACACUUAAAAUAACCUUUAAAUGCAGUUGAAUUAGUAAUAUCCUCAAAAUAUAAUUAGUAUAGAAUCUUAUGUAUAGAUAUCAUUUUCUUCUAGCACAUUUUAUGUAUCAGAUAGCUAGAUAAUAACAUAUAAAUGUUAUUAUUUAAAUAAAAAAGGUGUAUACGAAUUAUUAUCAGCCAACUUCUGGCUUCAGUAAUAAAAUGAUAAGUUAAGUUUCAUAGGCACUUCAACAUCUAGUAUGUAUGGUGAGAUCUAUAAAUUCAAGAUAAUAGCAUUUGAUGGCUAUACUUAAGCAGAAGAUGAAUUUUAGAUUUCUAUAACUGGUGUUCCUUUUACUUAUAUCUUAAAUUUGCUACUUGAGAUAUUAGGUCCUUUGUUAGCAUUAUUUGGUGCUUAUAAGAAAAGGUAUGCUUUCUACAAUAUUAUUUAUAAAAAUAAGAUUACCUUCUCAGAGGAAAGAGUGUUCUGUGGAUAGAUGUACCGAAAGGAAAUUAUCAUUUUAGGUAGAACUCAAGAAGUUGCUCAGUCUAUUUUAUUAAAAUUGCAAAAAAAGAUUUAAAAGCAUCAAAGUAAAAUUAAUAAAGAAAUGGAUUAAAUAAAAAACUAAAUAUUUCAAAGUGCUGAAAAUUAAUUUUCUGAUUAAAGUGAAUCUUUGAGCGAUAAAGAAAACCAAAUAAAUUUUGUAAAUGAAGAAAAAUUUUAAAUUAAAAGUAAUAUGAAUAAAAAAAGUUUUGAAAAAACUUUACAAAAAUUAAAAAAAAUGAAAAAGCAUUAACCAAUUACUUUAUUAGAAUAAAAAUAUAUGGAUGUAACAGGUGAUUUAAUUUUUUCAAAUGUUGUUGAAGAUAUUCUUAGAUUUUCAAUUUAUCCAAAUUAAAAUAUUUUUAAAUCUAAGUAAGAAUUUUUUGGUGAAAUAAUAGAUUAAAAUUCUAGAAUACAUAAAGCUGUCAGAGCAUAAAUUUCAAGAUAACUAUUAAGUUUAGAUUUAAAAACUUAUUAAAUUUAUUAGUUUAUUAAGACAUAUUGCAUUUAAAAUAUAUAAAAAAAUCAUAAUGACUGGUUUAAAGCUUUAGUUUCAAUUGAAUACAAUAGGAAAGAAAAUUCAGAAUAAAAAUCAAUUUUUCCUUAAUUAAAAUUAAAAUAUGAAAUUUUAUUUGAGAUAUUACAAAUUCUCUAACUAUUUUCAGCUAAAAAUGAUAAACAUGUACCUAAGAAUUUUAAGUAAAUGUUAGAUUGUGUAAAUAAAUAUUAAACUGAUAUUAAUAUUUAUUUAUUAAGAGAAGUUAUCUUUGCAGAUACAUUUGGUUUUUAAGGUUAUAUGCCAUCAAAUUUGAAUCCUGCAGUAGGUUAAUCUAUCCAUCUUAACCCUUAUGAUAUAAGUUAAGUUAUUGCAUAUAAAGAAAAGAAAGUUAAUAAAUUGUUAAAGCCGCUUUGCUAACUAUUAAAAAUAUAAUACACAAAAUAUGGGUUGUUUAAAAAUAUGAGACUACCAUCUUGGAUUGAAAUAGAUCAAAGACAUGGAAAAAUAAUUAUUUAUGGAAUCCCAACUAAACUUGAUGUAGAAUAAAUUUAAAUUAGGAUAUAUGAUAAAAAUGGAUAUAUAAUUUAAGAAUUUUCACUUAACAUAAAAAUAAACUUUUAAAAUCCAGAGCAAAGAUUAGAUUAAAUAAAUAAUAUUUUUAGCAACUCAGAAAUUUAAGACGAAUAAAAUUGUUUAAUAAAUGAUGUAAAUAAACAAAAUAAUUAAAAUUAUAGAACUUUUGGCUCAUCUAUUGUAACUAAAAGUCUAUCUGCAAGAACUAAAUAGAACAGUAUUUAUAAUUUGCAUGAGAGAUAAAACAUUUAAUAAUCAUAACAUUGA